ACAUUCACAACCCAUUAAUCAAACAUGCUUUCACUCUGAACCAACACUCUCACACACUCUCCCCCUUCCACACUCAUCAAAAUCCUGCCUUUUUCUCUUCUUCCUCCAUUUCUGUCACGUAACUCUCUUCAUCUCAAUUUCAAGAAAAACAUUCGAUCUUUUUCUUUCCGUUUAAUUUUUUUUUCAGUUUUCGCAUAGUCAGUCAUCAAAUGGAGGCAGCAAUUGAUGUGUUACCACCUAAACGCCCUGCCUCAAGUGGAAUUUCUCCUCAGGGACAUAAAAGACUGAAACUAUCUAGUGAUAGUCUGCCAUACUCAGCACAUGAUAAAGCUGUGCCAGAGGCACCUACAAAUGUUGAAGACUUCAGCAAUCCAUUUGCAAUCUCUGAUUUUUUAAAUCGUUUAGAAAGUGGAAAAUUUGGAAGUGUCACAAAGGACAUAGAGGCCCUUAUAACCCGAAAAAUGCAAGUACUGGGCCCUUUCUUUGCAAAGUUUCCUAAACUUGUUACUCAAUCAUUAAACGUGGUUGUGAACCACAAUGAAGAAAGUAAUAAGUUGGAAAAUAAAAAAGGCACCAUCAUGUCACAUGAUAAAGUAGUAGAUUUGGAAGAGGAGCACACUAAGAAGGAUGCUUCUGCAGCACAGCCUGUUGUGAUUAUUGAUUCGGAUGAGGAAGAUGAUAGAGACAAAAAUUCUUCUCUUCCAUUUAAUGAAGUAAUGUUUCCGAACUCACUCCAAUCUCCUGCAUUGAGGAUGAUGGGGUAUCGUGCUCCCAUUGCUUACCAUGGAGAAAGUGAAGAUCUCAAAUUUGAGCCAACUCGGGCUGCUAAAGAUAAAACUCAGAGAGAUAAAGGUGUUUAUGUUGGUGUACAGGAGGAAGAUGAGGUUGAUACUGAAGAUGAUGGGCUUGAUGAUAUUUGGAGGGAAAUGUCAAUGGCCGUAGAAUGUUCGAAGGAUGCUUCUGUGAAUCCUCCGCCCGAGGAAGAAGUUGAAAAAGAAGACGACUGUGAUCAUUCUUUUGUUUUAAAAGAUGAUCUUGGUUAUGUUUGUCGUGUUUGUGGCGUCAUUGACCGAGGAAUUGAAACCAUAUUUGAGUUCCAGUACAAGGUUAAAAGGAGCACAAGAACUUACAUGGCUGAUUCAUGGAAUGCCAAAGCAAAAGUUGAUGUAUAUGGAAUUAAUAUUGCUGAAGAUGACAUCAUGUUUACUGAAAUUUCAGCACAUCCUAGGCAUAUGAAACAAAUGAAGUCUCAUCAAAUUGAAGGGUUCAAUUUUCUCGUCAGAAACCUUGUAGGUGACAAUCCUGGGGGCUGCAUCUUGGCCCAUGCUCCAGGAUCUGGGAAGACAUUCAUGAUAAUCAGUUUCAUGCAAAGUUUUCUAGGAAAGUACCCAAAUGCUAGACCUCUGGUGGUGCUUCCCAAGGGAAUACUAUCUACUUGGAAAAAGGAGUUUCAGACAUGGCAAGUGGAGGACAUACCACUUUACGAUCUUUACACUGUGAAGGCAGACAGUAGAUCACAGCAGUUGGAAGUUUUGAAACAAUGGGUGGAAUGCAAGAGCAUCCUUUUCUUGGGGUACAAGCAGUUUUCUUCAAUUGUCUGUGAUAAUAGUACUAACAGCAUAUCAAUAUCUUGCCAAGAUAUAUUGCUUAAGGUACCUUCAAUUCUCAUUUUAGAUGAAGGACAUAAUCCGCGGAAUGAGAAUACUGAUAUGGUGCAGUCCCUUGCAAAGGUAAAAACACCUAGAAAAGUUGUACUGUCAGGUACCUUGUAUCAAAACCAUGUGAAGGAGGUAUUUAAUAUUUUGAAUCUGGUUCGGCCAAAGUUUCUAAAGAUGGAAACAUCUAGGCCUAUUGUCAAGCGCAUUCACAGUAGAGUACAUAUAUCGGGCAAGAAAUCUUUCUAUGAUUUGGUGGAGGACACUUUGCAGAAGGACCCGGAUUUUAAAAGGAAAAUAGCUGUUAUUCAAGAUUUGCGUGAGAUGACGAGUAAGGUACUUCACUAUUACAAAGGAGAUUUUCUUGAUGAGCUUCCUGGUCUGGUUGAUUUUACUGUGUUGCUUAAGCUGACCCCAAGACAGAAGCAUGAAACUGGGAAAUUAAAGAAUAUAUCUAGAAAGUUCAAGGUAUCUUCUAUGGGCAGUGCGCUGUAUCUUCACCCUAGAUUGAUACCUGUUGCGGAUAAAUGUGGUGAAAACUCUGUAUCUGACCAAAUGGUGGAUGAUUUAAUUGAGAAGUUGGAUGUGAAAGAUGGAGUGAAGUCGAAAUUCUUCAUGAACAUUCUAAACUUGUGUGAAUCAUCCAACGAGAAGCUUCUGGUGUUCAGCCAAUAUCUCUUACCUUUGAAAUAUUUAGAGAGGUUAGUUAUGAAAUGGAAAGGUUGGAGUUUUGGGAAAGAAAUCUUCGGAAUCUCAGGGGAAUCUAGCUCUGAGCAAAGGGAGUGGUCCAUGAACAAAUUCAACAAUUCACCUGAUGCUAAAAUCUUCUUUGGUUCAAUCAAGGCUUGUGGAGAGGGCAUAUCUUUGGUUGGGGCAUCCCGAGUACUCAUUUUGGAUGUUCAUCUGAACCCGUCAGUUACUCGUCAAGCUAUUGGUCGUGCAUUUCGACCAGGACAGACAAAGAAGGUCUUUGUGUACCGAUUGAUAGCUGCUGAUUCUCCAGAAGAGGAUGAUCACAUUACUUGUUUCAAGAAGGAAUUGAUUUCAAAGAUGUGGUUUGAAUGGAAUGAGUACUGUGGUGAUAGGGCCUUCCAAGUUGAGACAGUUAGUGUCAAUGAAUGUGGUGAUGAGCUCCUUGAGACUCCAAUGUUAGGAGAAGAUGUAAAAGCUUUGUAUAAAAGGUAAACUGUUGGCAUUCAGAUUCAGUGGACUUGGAUAGCAAAUGUUGACUGCAUUUAUGGUACACAUUUUUACCACUGUAUUUGUUGAUACUGAACAAUGUAGACUGUAGAGAGUGGCCUAAUUGACUUAGUUGUCUUUGCUCUUUGUACACAUGUGAUCCAUCUUCCUCACUCUUGUGUGAGUGUAGAGAUGUACAGAGUAUUAAACUUUCCUGACUUGUUAUAAUUGCUUGUAGUCUUUUAUUUCUGUUGCAUCAGCUUAUCUGGUUGAGAUGCUAAUACUAAUAUUACUUUGCUUCAGGAGAUAUAAGUAGUCAAAAUAAUUAACUCA